AGAUUUCGGCGAACCGCGCAACCGCACAGUUGCCGAUUCUUGUUUUGUUUUCCGAUACGACGGCGGAAGAAACUCUUCCGACGGAGAUAACUCUGCACUCCCUGUUUCUCGAGAAAGAGAGAGAGAGAGAGUUCAGCUAGAUUUUUAGAUUGCCAUAGACUCCACCACCAUUGUGCCGCCAGACGGUUCGCCUCAUUUACGCCCUGUGUUUAUCAUUACUAUCAUUAUUAUCAGUAGCUGCUGAUCGGUGCCAGCAGUAUUACUGGGUAGGGUGCUUUCUGCUUUGUUUGUUGUCGUAACCUGUAUCCUUUCCAAUUGUUUUUGUUCUCACCUACAGAGGCGCGUGUGCGUGUGUGUGUUCCAUCAUGCCUUCUUCAACGCCCUCUCCGCAGCAGGCGGCGGACCUCGCAGAGGUGCCCAUCGCGGUACACCCGUACAACCUCGACAGCGUCUUCCUCUCCAAAACCAUCGUCUCCCUCCAGGAGAUGUUCACCAACACGGUGGACGGCCGAUUCGAUCUCUCGCCGCUGCCCGCGAACACCGCCGUAGCACUGCCAACCAAGACAGAAGUGGAAGCCGUCGCCGCGCCGUCCACCGCAGUUCCUCUUGCUGAAAGGAAUGUGUCGUCAGCGCUGCCCUUCUCCGGCGGGUCGCAGCCGUACGUUGCGUCCACGCCACGCGACGCCUCUUCUGCGCACUCCACCUCCUCGGUGCAGCAACACCAACAAGUGGCGCAGACCGCCGACGCGCAGCGAGUGCCACCGCACGGCUCCCCUAAAGCGAACAAUGCGACGCCGGUGUUCACAAGGUCGAUGUCGUCGUCAUCUGAAGCUCACGCCUCGCCGCACCUCACAGUGGUCCCCCUCGAUUCCUAUCACCUCCUACUCUCCUUCCGAGAAGUGGACCUUGCUGAGACGGCCGCGUCAACGCAGAACCGAAGUGACGGCGAAGGAAGCAGCGGGGACGCGGACUUUGCCGCAGCAACACGGCGGGCGACGUCCUCCGUGGAGAAGCUGUCCGCAAAGGCGCCCGGGCCGCGACCACCCCGCAGCGGGGUAUCGGUGGUACGUCGCCUCGAAGGCGACAUGCGGGGCAGCUGUUGCUGCUCCCCCUCCUUGCACACCGCCUCCUCUUCAACAACAGCAGCAGCAGCAGCAGACGGGCAGUCGGUGUACCCGACGCUCUCUCGCCUUGCGCACGACCUCCCGUUUCGCGGCUUUGACGGCUGGGUACGUGAUUACACAGCCUAUGGGCUGUCGCGUAACGCCACAGCGCUGCGGGGGGCGUGGAGGGACAAGCUGCGCGAGGGGGAAGAGAAUGUGGACACUGAGGAGGAGGACAACGCUGGUGGCCACGGUGAUGCAUCGAUUCUACUUCCCACAGGCACGGUGAUGGAGGCGACAACAGGCACGGUGCCAGCAGAUGAUGCGGAUGGCGCCUCGCCGCCGGCACAGCCCCACGCCGAUACUUUGGACUCUGCACAGGACGGUGCUGCAUCGAGCCGCAGCAGCCCCGUCGUGCAAAAGCCUUCAGCAUCUUCACCCGACGGCUGCGGCGACGACGGAUCAAAAAGUACUGUGAAGAUCGAACCGGCGAUCGCGGCUGCUGCUGACGUCGCAGAUGGAGACGUGCCACCCCAAGAUGCGGGCAACACGGCUAUCGCCGCCUCGGCAGCAGCAGAUGCAGACGCACCGACGGCGUGCGUGCCGGAUAGUGGAGAAGACGGAAAGCAAAGCGUCACGUUGGAGGGAAAGGCGGUGUCGCCGUCGCUGGACCGGCUGAACUGCAGUAGCACCACCGCAUCGUCCUCCAUGACCUCUUCCUGUUCUCCCCCCUCGGACGACAACACCGUCACGCGAGACAUGAACCACCACAACAACGAUGCUGCUGCCGCUGAGAAGGGACGUGCAGGUGCCGUAGGAGGUGUAGAACAACCAAAGACAACCGCGGCAGGGGAGGCAGGGACGACCGACGCCCACGACACACCACUACAACCGCCGUCUCCUCAUACGGAGCAACUCUGGAGUGACGAACGUCGACGCGAGGCACAGGUCUCGUCGCAGCUGGCGCACCGCUUCGUUGUCUCUGACAACACCCAGCACGCUAUCUGGGCCAUUGAAGUGACCGUACCUGCCAUGCAAGUCCGCGUCGUACCACCCGCUGAAUUCUACAGCCUCGAAGGGAAAAGCGACGAUGGUGACGUGGAGCAAGACGCAGGAGACGACAACAACAGCCAUGGAGACACGACCGGCGAAGCAGCAAUGCGGUUGCCGCGUAAGCGGUCAGCGACGGCGGUCACACAGGCCCGCCCCGCAACUACCACUAAAAAUGGUUCAGCAGGUAUGCCGGCUCAGCAACGAUCUCCUUCACCAGCAGAUCCACGGUCUGCCGUGCACCACAACAACACGGACGACGACGGGGACAAAACGAAAGAGUCGCCACUCCCCGCGCAGGCCAGUGCCGUGGGCAUCAGCCCCAGCUGCUCUGCGUCGGUCGUCACUCAGCCCCCGCACGGUGCGUCCUCUUCGACGUCCCAAAGCUGUCACACCCGUCGCGGUCGCUCUUCGAAAUCGGCGAGUCCGUCGGUGGCCCUCGCUCAGGCGGCUCUGACGCCCCUCAUCGGAGGGGCUCGGGGCUUUGUAGACGGCCACUUCAGUGUUGCUCGCUUCAACGCCCCAGGCGCGCUGUGCUGGCGGGUCGACGAAACCGAUGACGACGAGGAGGAGGAAAACACCUGUCUAGCUGCCGAGGACCCCCUCCGCUACGUACAGCACCAUCGCCGCUGCGCGGUGCUCUUCAUCAGCGACGUCGGCAACUGUGCCAUUCGAUAUGCCAACUUCCACAACCGGCUCGUCCGCACCAUCGCCGGCAUGAAUGGAGUCCCCGGCUACCGCGAUGGCAGCUGUGCGUCGUCGCUGCUGCGGGCCGCGACAGCGCUGGCGUGGUGCUCGGCAGGGCUGCUCUUCACGGACGGCCCUAACAACGUGGUGCGGCUCAUCACACACGUGAACCGGCAGACGCAUCCGCACACGGCGAAGGGACGAAGUUCGCAGGACGCCAUCGCCACCGAAGCAGCGCAGAGUGAAGCGGAAGACGAGCCCCAUCAGCGAGACGUUGGCGCUGACGAAGAAAUGGGUAAAGCGGCGAAACGUGGUGACGAAGCCGCCGCACAACCAGCGCAGCUUCCUGGGCGACCUUCUUCCGCAGACCCGGCCUCCCUCGCUGUGGCCUCUUCGGACCACGCAGCAGCCGGCAAGAACGACGACCCUCCCUCAGCAAACAGCAAGGACGCGCCGGACUCGUCUCCCGCCGCAGACAUAGCGGGGGAAAACGCCUCUAUGAAAGCUGACGAUCAAAGCACGUCGGUAGCGGCCAACCCUGCCCUCCCCCUCCCUCGCACCCCUGAGCUGUCGGAUACGUGCGCCUCCAACGUCAACGUGAACGUGAAUCACGCGUCCGACAGCAAGGCUGAACGGGCCGCAACGUCCAGCGUCGUGCCGCGUGUGUGGACGCUGGCGGGUUGCUGCGUCACACGGACUGAGAUCACCGCCGGCGAGGAGAAAAGUGGAGCUACUCGUGCUGCCGCCGCUUCCUACGUGGAUGGCCGCACCCCGACCCACGCCUGCUUUGGCUACCUCAGUGACAUGGCGUUGUGGGCUGACGAGACGGGCGACACGCAGCUCUACCUUGUCGAUCAAACGCACCACGCCGUACGCGUGGUAGACGUGGAGGGAGGCGUGUCAACCUACGUGGGUCCGCUCGACUACUCCGCUCCCACUGCUUCUACACGAUCAGAAGCGUCGCACGAGAGGAGCGGCCUGGGAGGGGCGGCGGCAGACGCGUUGCCCCCGGGUCUGGUGUACCCGUCCUGUCUCGCGAUGGCUGCCCUGAUCAAGGAGCGGUCCCCCGCGUUGAUGGACAGCACCAACGCUGGCAUGCUGACACCGCAGCCGUACCUGUGCUCCUCCACGCCGCUGUUGUUCGUUGCAAGCGCCGUCACGGGUGUCGUCUCCGUCUUGCUGCCCAUCUCGCAGCGCAGCGAGUUGGUGCCGUGGAACGUGGCGGCUGCCCUUCAGCAGUCCGCCCAAGUCUCAAAAGGAAACGAAGAUGCUGCGAAACGAAAUGGUGAAGCCUCCGCGGCCUUUCUUCAGCGCAUUCACAAUGCGUUGUCGCUGGGCGUCGCCACGGAGGGCAGGCGCACCAUCGGUGAGGCGACCGCGCCAUCCCUGAAGCACGUCGUCGCGGGCUGGGGGGUCGAAGACGACGAAGAAAGCGGAUGCGCAGCGCACGGUGACGGCGUCGGUGCCGCCUCUGCGUACACGCGAAGCGUGCUGCGACACGCCCGUCUUCAGCAGGCACUCCUUUACCUUCGGCUGCGCUUUCCGUGGGUGCUGCCGCCGGCGGUGCCGCAGCUGAGCUCGCGUCUGGUGGCGGGCUGCACCUGCCACGUCUCCGGCAAGCGUCGCGGCAGCUCAACGCAACGACGUUCCGUGACGUCCUUCGCUCCUCCGCAGAGCGCUGCCCAGCCAACGCCGCUCGCCGGUGCGGGAGUAGGGGUCUCGUUGCUGCCGCGCUCCAGCCGUAGCCUGACCAGUGGAGGUGGGUACAGGGCGUCCUCCUCCCCCGUCGCCUCUCCGCCGGCGCGGCCCCUGCAGCCGCACCGACUGCUCUUUAGUACGCCGCCGCGGCACCCGGUGGUGGGGGUGCCGUACACGCACUCCAUCACAGACCCCCGCACGGCCGCCGCGGCGAGGGAAGUGGCGGACCUGCUCCUGCACGGUCCCCCAUGCGCCGCUGCUGCUGCUGCGCCACGCCUGGUGGAGGUGGAGGAUGCGGAUGGAGUGGAAGCGGCUGAGGAACCGCGAAAGGCGGGCAGGCGCCCGUCGAACGCGCAGGAUGACGAGCGUGUGGCAGCGGAGAUGCUCGAGGCUCAACAGAAACGCGGUAGCAGCAGCAGCAGCAGCAGCAGCAAUCCUCUUCCCGCCGAUGAUGAUGGUGAUGCAGAGAGAGACGAGGAAAGGGAGGCAGUCGACGGCGGCGAUGGCAGCGUCCACCACAACGAUGGGCGGGAGGAAGACGAGAGAGAGGAGGGAGAGCGGCCCGUGGCGAAACCGCGCAGUCAGUGGCUCCCGCCUCCAACGAAGAGUGUCUCCCGCUCGCCCGUCGGGACCCCGCGAGGGGGUGCAGCAACAGCAUCCGCAGCGGCAGCAACAACGGACGUCACGGAGGCUGUGGACACGACACCGCUGCCGCCGUCUCCGUCCUCCUACGCCGCGAAGUUUGAACGUUUGCCGGCGGAGCAGCGCCAACUUCGGGUGCUACAAACGCUGGAAGAGCCAACACCGCGGGCCGGUAGCGGUGCGGCCCCCCGCGAGCUGUCCGCCUCCCCAUCCCCUAAGAAGGUCCGCACAAGCAAAGAAGCGCUGCCGCGUAAAACGGGUCGUCAGCACGCAUAUCCAAAUGCGGAGGACGACCGUCACGGGAGCGCUCGCGAGAAAGGCGACAGCACCGAAAGCUCUGCCUCCUCCCUGCACCAACGCCAGCAGCAGCCUUCACGCAAGUGCCGGACCCCGUCGCGAUCACCCAACAGCUCCAGCGGACGCGCCAGCCCUCCCCUCACCCCGCGUUCGAUGACCGCCCAUCAGCUCAUGCAGCGUCGCCGCACCAGCCGAAGCAACACCGCCCCGCACGUGCCGUCAGUCGGCAGCACCGCCGGCACAGGGAAAGGAGUGUCGCAGGAGAAGGAGAAAGCGCCAACGAAGGGUUCCGUGGCCGGUCCGCAGGGCACGAGAAGCACCGAAAAGGAGGAAGGUCGGGAAGGACGAGCAGACUCGCCGUGCCGUGGCCGAUCGCCGUCGCACGCCGUGCACGAGGCAGGAGAUGCACCUCCGCUGCGGCCGUCAGCCGAGCGGGGCACCGCGCCCGUCCUGCUCGCAACGCCUUCGCUUUUUCACGAUGCCUACGACGCGGCGGUGCGGCGACUCUUUCGCGUCUACGCGUACUUCGCCACCCGCACUGUCACGCACGCCGUGGUGGCCGGCACGCGGCGGCCGUCGCGCGAAGUCGAGCACUACAGCAUGUCCUUCUCGGCGUUCCAUCGCUUCGUGGUCUUGACGGGCUACGUGGACUAUCUCGCUGAUGUCGCGGCGGCAGCAGCAGCAGCAGCAACGAAUAAGGAGAAACACGAGGAAGCGCCACCGGAGAAGUGGUCGACGAAUCUUACCCAAGUGCAGCGACGCGGUGCGGUAGCGGCGGCGGCGUCGCGGCCCAACGGCAAGUCCGCCUCUCUCGUAAGGGGAUCCACGCACCCCACCGCCUCAUCCCCGUCUCCGUCCUCGUCAGCCCCGUCGCUGCAAUCAUCAUCAUCGCUGCCGCCGCCGCCGCUGCAGCUGCUGCCUCUCGCCGUCACAGACAGCCGGGCCGUGGUGGACGUGCUGUACAGUUGUGGGGUGCGCACGCAGGGCUAUCACGUCGUCACCCGCAUGGACUUCCAGGCCUUUCGGCGGGCGGUGCUGCUGCUGCGCACGUGGGCAAGCACCGCACACACGCACGACGAGCUGUGGAAGAGGCGUCCGUCGUCAUCAGCAGCCGCAGCAGCAAGGAACGUGAACCUGAAGGAGGACCACAACGAUGGCGACGACGACAACGACCGGGACGCGGCGGCCUUCGCCUUCCUCGACCGCGUGCCCUCGCUGGACGCCCUCUCCGCCGAGGAAGUGGUGGCCGCCUACGCGGAGGUGUACGCCCAGGCGGUGCGGACGGUGCCGGCCCUCCACGCACUCCACCCCGGAGCGCGCUUGGCAACGGACGGGGAAGGGAGGACGACAGAGGGGGAGAAGGAAGAUGAGGAAGAAGAAAACCCUCGACAGCCGAAUGCGUCUUCCGGCUCAAACGCGGCGCACGUCGUGCCACAGCUACCGUGUUCGACCAGAAGUUCGUCCCUGCGCUCCCUUGAAGACGCGAUGGGCCUCGGCAACGGUGCAGCUGACGCUGAUCGGUCAAGCAAAGCCAGCAGCAGCGACAGCAAAGUUGGAAGCGACCACGCAGAACAGCACGCGCGGUCCUCGCUGCAGGUACCCUCCGACGACGACCGCUCUGCUGCCGCGGCCACCCCGCCUGUCUCGCCUAUUUCGCUCGCAAAGAACGGCGAGGACGUCUCCUGUAUUCUCCUCGACGAGGACAACCGUAAGGAAGGCCCAGCGAGUGGCAGCGCAGCGCCGCCCUCCUACGUGCACUCUGCUCUCACACGAGAGGAGCGACUCGCGCUGGAUGACCUGCUUCGCCUCCUGCAGCGCAACGAAGGUACGCUGCGACAGCUCUUCGACGCAUACAGCGUGCCGGUGGUGGUACACCGAUCCAGCCGGUACGAGGCGCCGCGUUCCGCCGCUGCCGCCGCCGCCGCGUCGAACCCGUGUUCGUUAAUGUUAGGGGAUAGUUGCAGCCAGGGCAGCCGAGACGCCUCUCAGGUUGUGUGUGGCGGCGGUGGUGAGGGGGGUCGUGGUCGUCGUGGUGCGAGAAAAGCCUUGGGCUCAGCGUCUGCGUCGCUGAACUCCACCGCGCUGCCGCCGCCACCUCAGCAGCGACCCCAGCCUCGGCGAGAAGAGACAAGCCGUGUCGGUCCCACAGCGGCUGCACGAUCCACUGCCAGCCCCGCCGAGGCAGCGCUGUGCUACGUCCGUCUCGCCCUGCCCUCCACCCGACAGGACAUGUGGUGGAAGGUGCAGCAGCUCUAUACCAUGAGCGCCCUCGAGAGCAAGGAGGUGUUUGAGCGGACGAGUCACACCGUGCGUGUGGUACCCUACAGGCUUUUUGUGUCGCUGUGGCGCACACUGGAUGUAUUCCCCUCCCUCAUGACGGUCACCGCCACGCAGCAGGCGUACUGGGAUGCCGUGACGACGACGCUGCUGCGCGGGACGUGCGGGAGUGCGUCUGCGGCCGCGUACGACUCCGCACUGCAGACCCACGUAGAGCAAAAGAAUGGAUCAGUGUUCAUGUCAUCUCCUGGUCCAUCAUCAUCAUCAGCGCCAGCAGGAGGAGCAGCAGCAGCAAAGGCGAAGGCCGCACGAGACAAGGCGAUCGAAGAGCUUCUCUUUGCGCACACAGGCCUUACGUAUCCGUGCUUCAUGGAAGCUGUUGUGCGCGUCGCCAUGACGGUGUUCUCACACGAGGUGGACCGCGUCGCCUACCCGACCAGCACCGCCAAGACAACCGGCUUAAUGCAGUGGUGCAACACGCAAGUGCGUUUAGGACUGGUCGAGCAGCGGACGCGGAAGCAUCUGCACCGUCCAGCGGCGGCGGCUAUCGCCGAUGAAGGCAGAGGGGGGAGCCGUCGCCGUAGUGACGGGGAGGCCGGUGUUGGAGGGGGAGGCGCCUGUCGCAGCUUUGCCGGGGCAGCGGCGUCGUCGCUUCUGGCCACACGCGGCGCCGGAUCGUCUGCGGUCUUUCCGGACCACCUGCAGCUCUUUCACGUGCCCUCCACCCAAAAGAAGAAGGCAACGUAG